AUGGUUGGCUGGGGAGGGGAGUGGUGCAUUGAGCGAUUCUCAAGUAGACGGAUUUCGUUGCAGAUUCAUUCAAAACAAUUCUUCCACCAGCGUGCAGCGAAAGCACUGACGAGGGGGCGGAAAUUUUCAGCUUCCACCCCAACAGGAGAAUCCAUUGCUUUCCCUCCACCUUUGCGCACGCUGAAGAAAGAGUUCGUCUCGCGGCUUUGGGAUUGCCAAGCAUUGUAUUGCACCUAUGGACCACUGAAAUUGCUGUGUGAUGGUCCGACCCCAGUAGAGACCUGCGCUAUGUUCGAUGUGUCGCUCCUCUUCACAUUGCAGUACGUGGUGGCACUAUGUCGAUGCACUCAACGUCACACUUACUCUGGGGAUUGGUGGGUGAUGGAUGACGGCACCAAAAUCGGAUGGCCAGAAACGUGCGUCCGGAAUUUAGGAUUGGUCUCCGUCUGA